UUAUGGAUGUCGAAGGGAAAAAAAGUUGAGCUGGCACCGCCGACCCCUCUGCCUGAGACGCAGCAGCUCGCACAGGCAGCGAGUUAUAGCAGCAGCAAUGUGUCGGGAGUAGUAGCAGUAGUGGUAGUAGCGCAGUGCUCGUUCACAGGGUUCCGCCGGAUGAAUGCGAUGAGGCGCGCGCACUUGGUGACUUUAGCCGUGCACCGAAACUCUGCCGGGAGCUGCUGCCGGUGCUGCUGAGCGGCCGGGAGGAGGAGAAGGAGGAGGAGGGGGAGGAGGAGGUAGAGGAGGAGGGCAGCAGCGCCGAAGCCGCGAGGACAUCAUGCGCUUCGCCGUGUGGCUGCUGGGCUUCGUGUGUCACCUCCCAGCGCUCGGCCGAGGCUCACUGCCCUACAGACUGCACCCGAAGCAAGAGCGGUUCAUCCAGCAACUCUCGGACUAUGAGAUAGUGACCCCUCUGCGGGUCAAUGACUUCGGCGAGUCUUUCCCGCGGCAGCUGCACUUCAGGCGGCGGCGGAGCGCGGACGUGGCCAUGGCGGGGAACGCGCGCGCCCACUACCGCCUCGAGGCUUUCGGUCAGCGCUUCCUGCUGAACCUGAGCGCGGACGCAAGCUUCAUCGCGCCCUCAUAUACCGUCACGCACCUAGGGGCGCGCGGGCGGCGCGGGGCGGCUGACGAGUGCGAGCAGCAGCAGGAGGAACAGGAGCUGCGCCACUGCUUCUUUACCGGCCACGUGAACGAAGAACGCGAGCACCGAGCCGUCUUCAGCCUGUGCACAGGACUGAUUGGUACAUUUACAACUCACAGUGGAGAAUACUUUUUGGAACCUCUAAUGAGAGCUGAUGGGAAGGAGGAUGAGGAGGAACACAACAAACCUCAUUUAGUCUACAAACGUGAGAGGAUGAAGGGACCUGUAACUGAGCACUCUGAGCCAUGCGCCUCUUCAGAUCUGAAUGAAAAUGGGAUUAAUUUACGUGGCAAUGGAAGCCUUCUGGAAGAGCUAAAAUCAACUUGGGAAACGAUGGACAACCAUGUUCCAAAGAUGCACCAGACAGACUCUAAAAGUCCUUCCAGUGGCAGCCGCAAAAAGCGAUUCCUAUCAUACCCACGCUUUGUGGAGCUGAUGGUUACAGCAGAUGCCAAGAUGGUGCGCCACCACGGACGAAACCUGGAGCACUACAUCUUAACAAUCAUGUCAGUAGUGGCUGCAGUCUACAAAGACCCUAGUGUGGGAAACCUUAUCAAUAUUAUGAUUGUUAAAUUAAUCGUUAUUCACAAUGAACAGGAAGGGCCAAAUGUGAAUUUUUAUGCUGCUACAACACUGCACAAUUUCUGUGUAUGGCAACAGAGUCAUAAUGUUCUUGAUGACAGUCAUCCCUCCCAUCACGACACUGCACUGCUGAUCACUAGGGAGGAUAUCUGUCGAGCAAAAGACAAGUGUGACACAUUAGGUCUGGCAGAACUGGGCACGAUGUGUGAUCCAUAUCGGAGCUGCUCCAUCAGCGAGGAGAAUGGUCUGAGCUCUGCCUUCACCAUUGCCCAUGAGCUGGGUCAUGUGUUUAACAUGCCACAUGAUGAUAACCCAAAGUGCCGGGAGGCAGGAAUCAAGCAUCAGUAUCAUGUAAUGGCACCAACCUUGAACUAUGACACCAGCCCAUGGUCAUGGUCAAAGUGCAGCAGAAAGUACAUCACAGAGUUUCUGGAUACUGGUUAUGGAGAGUGUUUGUUGGAUGAACCAGUUGGAAAAACAUACGACCUUCCUGUCAAGCUCCCAGGUCAACUUUACAACGUUAAUCGGCAGUGUGAACUGAUGUUCGGACCUGGCUCUCAAGUCUGUCCGUUUAUGAAACAAUGCAAGAGGCUCUGGUGUACCAGUGCUGAGGGGGAUCAUAAAGGGUGUCGCACACAGCAUAUGCCCCUGGCUGAUGGAACUGACUGUGGACAUGGCAUGUACUGCAAACAUGGUAUGUGUGUGAAUAAAGAGAUCGAGUCAAGACCGGUGCAUGGAGAAUGGGGACCAUGGGGACCAUACAGUGUGUGUUCCAGGACCUGCGGGGGUGGCACACGGAGCACAUCUAGAGACUGCAACAAACCUGCGCCGAAGAACGGUGGGCGGUUCUGUGUGGGACGCCGCAUGAAGUUCCGUUCUUGUAAUACUGAGCCGUGUCCAAGGGACCAGAAGGACUUCCGAGAGGAACAAUGCUCCCACUUUGAUGGCAAACACUUCAACAUCAACGGACUACCUCCCACUAUCCGCUGGGUGCCUAAAUACAGCGGGAUCUUAAUGAAGGAUCGUUGUAAGCUGUUUUGUCGUGUUGCUGGAACAAUGGCCUACUACCAGCUGAGAGAUCGAGUUGUUGACGGAACACCGUGUGGACCAGACACUUACGACAUCUGUGUGCAAGGCCUCUGCAGGCAAGCAGGUUGUGAUCAUGUUUUGAACUCCAAGGCAAGGAAUGAUAAGUGUGGAGUCUGUGGAGGGGACAACUCCUCAUGUAGGACUGUUGCUGGCACCUUCAACAAUGCACAAUAUGGUUAUAAUGUUGUGGUGCGAAUUCCAACUGGUGCAACCAACAUCGACAUAAAGCAAGUCAGCUACUCUGGAACACCAGAAGAUGACAACUACCUCGCACUUUCUGACAGUCGAUCCAACUUCCUUCUAAAUGGAAAUUUGGUGGUGUCCAUGUUUAAAAGGGAAAUCUCCUUUAAAGGAACUGAGAUUGAGUACAGCGGCUCAAACACCACGGUAGAGCGAAUCAACUGCACAGAACGCAUUGAGGACGAACUCAUUCUACAGGUGCUAUGUGUGGGAAGUCUCUAUAAUCCAGAUGUGCGGUACUCUUUUAACAUCCCCAUAGAGGAGCAGCGAGAGCAGUUUGUGUGGGACACAUCUGGACCCUGGCAAGAGUGCAGUCGCAUGUGCCAAGGAGAGCGGCGGCGAAAAGCAGUGUGUGUUCGCAAGAGUGAUCAUUUGGUGGUGUCAGACCAGAGGUGUGAGCUUCUACCUCGACCCAGGGGAGCUACAGAGUCUUGCAAUACCGACUGUGAACUCAGGUGGCAUGUGGCUGGAAAGAGUGAGUGUUCCUCUAAGUGUGGGCCUGGGUAUCGUACUGUGGAGGUUCUGUGUAUGCGCUACAGGCAGACGAAGAGUGUGAGUGAGAAAGUGGAAGUGAGGGCCUGUGGAGAUUUGACCAAACCACAGAGCCGCGAAUCUUGCCAUGGAGACUGUUUGCAGAAGAGUUGGCAGUACAGUGCCUGGUCACAGUGUUCGAAGACCUGUGGACGGGGCACUCGUACACGUGACUCCUAUUGCAUGAACAACCUGGGGCGUAGACUUGUAGAGCGGGAGUGUAGUGAGUACCAGAGAGUCGUCACAGAGACCUGCAAUGAUGUACCCUGUCCUGACUGGUCAGUCAGCCAAUGGACUGAGUGUAUGGUGACGUGUGGUAAGGGGGUGAGGCACAGACAGGUGUUCUGUGUUUUGGCAGAGAAACGUCUCAGUGAUGAGCACUGCAAUCCCAACAACAAACCCUCAAAUAUCGGCAGCUGUGUUCUUCCAGAAUGUGCUUCUUGGCAGGUUGGCGUCUGGAGUGCGUGUCCAGUGACUUGUGGGCAUGGAUACCAAAUACGAGCAGUGAGGUGUGUGUCCGGUUCUUAUGGCAAGACAGUAGAUGACCAGGAGUGUAAUGCUGCUUCAAGACCUCAAGACAGUCAGGAGUGUGAGUUGCCAGCCUGUCCUCGAAUAUCAUCACCAGUAAGCACAUCACGACCUGCAGCACCUGGACAGCUACUCACCCAGUGGAGAUAUGGCUCGUGGACUACAUGCUCAGUCUCUUGUGGAAAAGGUGAGAGAGCACGUUAUGUCAGCUGCAGAGACGCUCAGGGAGGAGUAGCUGAUGAAUCUUAUUGUGCCCAUCUACCUCGCCCCCCAGAAACCUCUGUGUGCUUCAGCCCUUGUGGUCAUUGGAGAGAGGGAGAGUGGUCAUCUUGCUCCGUGUCGUGUGGGGUGGGUCGAUCCACGCGACAAGUGGUGUGUAUGAACUACAACCAGCAGGUGGAUGAGUCUUACUGCCACCCAGACAAGAAGCCUAGCACUGAGCAGGAGUGUGCUGCAGUCCCCUGCCACUCAGUCUACACCCACUGGCCGAACAACCAGCCCUACUUCCCUUAUGACCCCGGAAGCCAUCCUGGCCACAGCAGCUGGAACGUCCCCUCUGCAGACAACCAGUGGAGAACUGGACCUUGGGGAUCAUGCUCCAGUACAUGUGAGGGGGGUUUCCAGAGGAGAGUGGUGGUAUGUCAGGACUCAGAGGGCCGCAGCACUAACUACUGUGACGAGAGAGUCAAACCCAGUGAGUCAAAGAGCUGUGACUCUGGACCCUGUCCUCUCUGGAACUACGGCAUAUGGGGAGAGUGUACUCAGUCAUGUGGUGGUGGCCAGCGCACACGGCUAGUUGUGUGUCAGCGACCAAACGGCCAGAGGCUGAACGAGCACAACUGUGAUAUGCUGGACAAGCCUCCUGAUGUAGAGCAAUGCAACAUGCAGCCCUGUCCCGGCAGUGCUUCCUGGCACAGACGACCAUGGAAGCCGUGCUCCGUGACCUGUGGGAAGGGGACCAGGCAGAGAGAACUUGCAUGUGUUUAUCACAACCAGACUCAAACAAUGGAGGAGAACUGCGCACAUCUUCCCCGACCCAAGACACACAAGCCCUGCAGGGUGGAGCCAUGCCCUACCUGGAAGACCAACAAGUGGAAAGCGUGCCCAGUCAGUUGUGGAGCAGGUGUGCAGACACGUGAGGUGUACUGCAGGUUAAAGGGCAAAGGUCGCAUAGAAGAAGAGAGGUGUGAUGCCCAUAUUCGUCCUAGCAGCUUGCAGUCCUGUAUGCUCCCUGACUGUCAUCACUACACCUGGUCAGCCACUGAGUGGAAAGAGUGUAAUGCCUCAUGUGGAAAAGGAAUAAGGCACAGAACAGCGAUCUGUGUGGACAUGAAGAUGACCCCUGUCCUGGACAGCCUGUGUGACCCCUCUUCCAGACCUGCCCUUUACGAGCCCUGCUUUAGCGCACCCUGUCAGUACGUCUGGGUAACUGCAGCAUGGACAGAGUGCUCUGUGAGCUGUGGGGUAGGUUACCAGCAGAGAAUGGUGUCAUGCUCUGCAGUGCCCUCUACACCAGACCUGCAGGUGUUUGCUGCACAGUCUUACACCCACGCCUCACCUUCUGAGUGCCCAGAACCUCCUCCAUCUCACACCAAGCCAUGCCAAAUGCCAGAGUGCCCACCACAUGGAUACUGGAAAGUUGGACCCUGGAGCAAGUGUUCUCAGACGUGUGGUGCGGGGAUGAUGGAGAGGAUGGUAGAGUGUCUCAAUGCUAAACAUCUCCCUUCAAAAAACUGCCCUCUCUCAAGCAAGCCUACAUCUCAAGCAGCCUGCAGACUGAGGCAAUGUGAAUUGUUCUCCAGCUGCCGGGAGCUGCAGAUCAGAGAAGGCAUUAGAAAAGAUGGAGAACAUUACCUCAGUGUUAAAUCUAAAAUCAUCCAGAUUUACUGUGCAGAAAUGCAGACCAACUUUCCAAAGGAGUAUGUUACUCUACGUGGUGGCCAAACUGACAACUACUCCGAGGUGUUUGGAUACAGAUUGAACAACCCAUUUGAGUGUCCUUAUAAUGGCAGCAGGCGUCAGGACUGUGCAUGCAGGAAUGAUUACCCUGCAGUGGGCUACACGUUGUUUCACAGAGUGAGACUUGACCUCAGCACAAUGCGAAUAAUCACUACAGAUGUGCAGUUCUCUCAGACUCUUCUUGGCCAUUCUGUUCCAUUUGCCACUGCCGGAGACUGUUACAGUGCUGCCAGAUGCCCUCAGGGUCAGUUCAGCAUCAAUCUUACUGGAACGGGGCUGAAAGUUGCUGAGUCUACGAAAUGGGUCUCGCAUGGAAACUAUGUCUCUGUCAAAGUCCAUCGAUCAGAGGAUGGAACGAGAAUCUAUGGCCGCUGUGGAGGAUUCUGUGGAAAGUGCCUGCCUCAUCCUCAUGCUGGACUUCUUGUUCAGGUCCAGUGAAAAGGACUCAAAAGCGAAUCAAGCAAGAUUGAAUCAAGUAUCUAAGUGUCCACGGCAUGCCCCUGCACA